CUCUUAAGCAACCUCAGCUUGCCUUAAAGGGGAAAUAACCAGCUUUUGUUUUUCAAACAGAAGGACCACAAUGGAGCAAAUAAUACAGAAGAAAUGAACGUGCUCUUCUAAAUAUGGCUGUGGCUUACAUUUUGAUCCUGGCUCAAGUGUUUCUUUGCUAUUCACAGCAGAGUUUGGGACUAUUAUCUGAUUAUAAAACAUGUGGAGACCCUGAAUGCGAAAUUAUGAUGAGUCGUGUGCAGGCCCAAAGAGACCAUCAUGCACAAGACUGUCGAUUUCUGAAUUUUAAAAAGGGGGAUAUGGUAACUGUUUACCAUAAACUCUCAGGAAAAAGAAGUGAUCUCUGGGCUGGAAGUAUAGACAAGAACUUUGGAUAUUUCCCCAAAGAUGCUGUUGCUGUUGAUGAGAUUUUUGUAGCUGAGGAGAAAGAAAUUACGGUGCCCACAGAGAAAUACGACUUCUUCUGCAUAGAUGAAAAUGGAUCAGUAAUUGAGAUUGAUUCCAGUGAGUCUGAUGAAGAGGACCAAAAUCAAGAAAAUCGAGAAUUAAACGACAAAGAACCAGAGCAAGAAACAGCAGAGGAUGGUAAUCUUUUCACAGUUCAGAAUGACAAGAAUAAUGAUGAAUUCAGACAAAAUCCAGCACAAGAUAUUUCUGCUAAAAAUGAUCCAAAGUCAGCAGAGACAAGCGGCUCCUCCUGGAUUAGUUCUUCUGUUACUGGAUGGUUUGGUGGAAGUGAUGAACCACAAGAUGAAAUCACAGAACAAGACUCCUUCAAGAGCAGGAAACUGGCCUUAGAUGUUGAUGGGAACCAUCUGGAAGAGCAGACUCAAACGAAAAUGUUUGGCUGGAUUAGCAGUGAACUAACAAACGUAUUUGGCUCUGGAGAAAAAGUUUCAGAGGAUACAUCCAAGGAUUUAGCUAAUGGUGAAUCAAAAAGUGAAAGCAUGGAUAACACAGAUAAUGAGGAGACUCCUUCUGCGAAUUCUUGGCUGAGUAUGGGCAUAAGAGAUGUUUUAGGAUAUGGUAGAGGAGAUAAAGCUGAGCCAAGUAAAACCACUACUACAAACCUAGAUGAAAACAAAGAUACAAUUCAUGAUGAACAACAAAGUCUUGAAUCUACUCAGUCACUGGAUGCACUGGAGGAACCAGAGAAGACAACAGGGGAUAAAACGAAUGACCUAGCAGAGAAUGAGGGAGGUAAAGAGUUGCGCUCUGCAAGCCUCGAAAAAGACCAUGAUCACAAUCAGGAAAACCUUCAUGCCACACCAGACACGAUCACUAAUGCUGAUGAGACUAAAACAGACGAGGAGGGAGGAUGGUACGGCAGUUUCUACAACAGAAUCACAGGUCUUUACGGAGAUCAGCAAACGAGUGACGCUGAGGAAGCUGAGAGUGUGACGAUGUCAGAUAGCCAAGAAUCAGCAGCAGACACUGACACUGGUGACUCAGGGAGCCAGGAUACAGAAAAAGCCACACAGUCCACCAUGUUUUCCAUAAAUGGACUGUCAAACAUGUUUAAUGGCCUUAAAUCACAACUGCAGUCAGGCGCAAGUGAUGAGGAUAAAGAUGUACAAAGUAUUGAGGAGAAAACUUCAGAGCAGGAAGCUUCAGGUAAGGAACUUUUUGAUGAACACGAGAUUUCUACAUCUUAUCAAUAUGAGGGAGAAAAUAAUGAGGAGAAAGGUAACGGUGAGAAACAAGAGGCAAAUCCCAUGCCAUUAGAGGUACAUACUGAAACCGACAGUCCGCCUGAUCAUAAACUACCUGCUGAAGACAUUGUCUCUUCAGUGAGUACUAUGCAUUCUGAACUGGAGAACCCUCUCCAAGAAUCUCAUAGCCCAAACAAUGCAUUGAAGGAUAACACAAAAUCAGAUAUAGGUGAAAUUGGGCAAGAUGACGAGUUAAUAGAGGAGGCGAUGCAUCACGAACCUAGCUCAGAUUCAAACACAGAUGACUCUCGGAGUAAUGUAGACCCGAACAAGUCCAUGGAGAAUUUGGAAUCAAGUUAUAACAAGUAUCAGGAGAGUACUGGGGAUGUUCACGCCAGCUUGAACGAUCUAAGUAAUAAGCUUGAAGCUGAUGCUGAUAAUCCUGAUGAUGCUAUGAUACCAAAAGCAUCAGAACAUAUUAGUCACACAGAGGAUGAAGUACCUCCUGGAGGUUCAUCUGAUAUAACUGAAUCAGGUCCUUCAGAAUCUGAAGUCAUAACAACUACACUUGAUUCAGAAACAGCCACUCAGUCCACCAUAUUUUCCAUAAAUGGACUGUCGAAUAUGUUUAAUGGCCUGAAAUCACAACUACAGUCAGACACAAGUGACAAGGAUAAAGAUGUACAAAGUAUUGAGGAGAAAACUUCAGAGCAGGAAGCUUCAGGCAAGGAACCUUUUGAUGAACACAAGGUUUCUACAUUUCAUCAGUAUGAGGGAGAAAAUCAUGAGGAGAAAGGUAGCAAUGAGAAACAAGAGGCAAACGCAUCAGAACACACUAGUCACAUAGAAGAUGAAGUACCUUCAGGAGGUUCAUCUGAUACAACAGAAUUAGGUCCUUCUGAAUCUGAAGUCGAAAAAGUUACUCUUGAUUCAGGUGGAGAUUAUACCAGUGUUGCUGCAACAGGUUCCGCAGAUAAUGAUAACAACAACAGGUCAGAAGUGCAUGACAGUGAUCAGUCUAACAUUGUGACCACAGAGGUCUCAAAGUCAGUCAGGACAGAACAGAAUGAGAACCUUUCUUUAGACGAUUCAAAAGAUAGCAGUGCUGCUGAUUCUAUGAAAGUUGUGUCAGAAGGAGAAGAUCCAAGUGGCUCAAGUGGUCUAAGUGGUGAACAGGAGGUGGUAAUAGAUAAAAAUGAGCAACUGAUAGAUAUACGAGGAGACGAAGAAACAGCCACAGACCAAAAUCAGCAAACAGCUGAGAUACCACACAAAGAGGACUCUGAGGAUGGACUACUGUCUGAAAAAAUAUCCCACACGUUAGUUUCAGACACGCCUGAAACAAAGAUUAUCACUGAGGAAAAGAUCCCAAGUCUAAAUGAAAGUGAUAGUGACAAACCUGACAUUUACAGCCCUGAGAAAGUUAUGUCAGUUGGCCGUGACCUGUAUCACAGUGAGCAGACAGAUGUAACUGAUUAUAAAAAUACACAGUACAAUCAUGAGUCAGAUUCAGCACUAAAAGCCACAGAUAGAACAGAUACUAUUGGUACAGCUAGUGAUCUGGCUACUAAAUCUGAUGAGAAAGAAAAUAUUGAUUAUUCACAUGACACUUUAUCAAUGGCAGAUGAUAUCGGUUUAAAAAUUAUUAACAGUGAAGAGAUAAGAAAGGAGCAGACAGAGGUCAAUCAGGAACAGUCAAAUGUACAUCAUGAUUUGAAUGAACAGGCAGCUGGUGACAUAGUUUCUACACACGCUGUAGAGGAGACUCAGAUCCUCAGUAUUUCUACAGAGGAGGAAGACGGGAGAGAGCAGCAGGAAAAAUCAGGAUCUCAGGAAAACCAUGGUGAGUUAGAGAAGGCUCAGGAUUUGACCUCUGAUGAUGGACAUUCCAGUCAGAUUUAUUUGUCUAAAGGCGACGUUCCUGACCCUAGUCUGCGCGUUGAUGCGGAAACAGAUCAGAUCCCCACUUGUUUUGGAAUAGAUUCUGAGCGUUCUACUUCUCAUGAAACAAGCGAGACUGAUGCCGGCUUGCACUCAGACAGUGAUGUGCAAGACGAAAACUCACAAUGCACCAGUGACCAAAAGCACUCCUCCCAUCAACACGCAAUCACAAAUGCUGAAAAUGCGGAAGAUAUGGAGAAAACACAGAUCGUAGACGUGGACUCCAACACAAUUCAUCAUGAUCAGAAUAUUGAAUUUAUAGAGAACACUAGUGUAGACAAUCAUAUUUUACAAGGGCACAAGGACCCAAAGGACACAAUGGAUCUUUUAAAAAUGGAUUCAGAAACUAAAAAUACAGGGGAGGUGGAUGCUUUAGAAGGGUAUGAUGUCAUUGCUGCACAGGCACAUAAUGACGUGCGUGAUAAAAACGCCGCACCUGAACUAGUUGAGGAAAAACUACCUAAGGAUGCAUCCUACAUGGUAGACUAUUCAACUCUUGAUGCAUCACACACUCCACCUGCUUCAGCAAUGGAGCUGACAGAGGCACCAAAGUUCUAUGAAGAAUAUAUGAACAUUCAAGCUCACAUGAGUGGAGAGAACAUGGUGGAUAUCUUAGAUUUAUUUGACAAGGACAAGCUGUUGUGGCUGGAUCAAAGUUUAGGAAGUUUUAAGAGUACUUCAGCAAGUCACGUCAAAGAUAACGAUUUGCCUAUAUUAAGUGACUUUGAACGGCUUGUGGAACAUCUCACGGAAACAAUGGCUGGACAAAACAGAAUGCAAGGAGAUGCAAAUCUGAGUGAUGAAGCUAGUGCUAAGAAACUUUCAGCACUCCAAAAACUAGCUGUCCUCUUGUCUGCCCUAAGAGAGAGGUAUACAGCAGAGAAAGCACAUGUCAGUAUAGAUGAAAGCCAAGAUUCAGAACCAGUGGACUGUGUCCAUGAAUCUUGCGUUGAUACAAACAAGGAACAACAAACCUCUGAACCAGAUGUCAACAUACCUCAGAAAAUAGAAGACGACUCUGAUUUAAGUGGCAGUCACAGUAAGACAGAAGAAAGCUUACCCGAUAAGCAAGAUAUUGCAGAUGGGGGAGCUACUGCGGCACCAGACAGGAUCACAAACUUGGAUUGGCCAGCCACAUACAGCACAAAAACAGCAAAUCCAGCAGACAAUAGCUUGGAAAAUCUGGUUCACUUGGAACCCCCGAAAGAUGGAGCUACAGAAGAGCAGUUUUCAUUAUUCUCAAGUCAAGUGAUAUUUGAUGCCCUGUCACACUUGGGAAUGGUGCGGACAACCUUGAAAUACGUUAUUUCUGAGGUCGUGUCCUCACUUCCAGAUGACAUCCGCCCUGGCCCUGACUUGUACGGGUUGCCAUGGGAAGCAGUUGUUUUCACAGCUUUAUUGGGGUGUUUAACUGUGCUUCUCUUCACCUGCAGAUUCUACCAGUCGAUAAAAAGCCGACUUUAUGCAGGUAAAGAGAGGAGAAUGGCACAGAAGGUGGCAGAGCUGCUUGAUGAGAAGUGUAAAGUACUUGAAACACUCAGUGAAUGCAAACAUAAGUUUGAAAAAUUAGAUGCUGCUUUGCAAAGUAAUGGAGGUGCAUCACAAUCUUCAGAGAGAGAGAGUUUGGAGGAUAUGUCGCGGAACUUGGAACGAUCAAAUUCUCAGUUGAACGAUGACAUAGAGAGACUAAAGGAGGAGUUGGCCAGCCAGCGGUCAAUGAGAAUGCAACAGGAGGAACAGCUUGCAGAAAUGCAAGAGAUGUUGAAAACUUUGGAGGAGGAAGCCCAAGAGGCAAAGUCUCAGUUAGAGCAGGCCCAGGUAACAUUGAAAAUCCAUAACAUGAACAGUGAAAAACUACAGAAAGAUCUGGUUGCAGCUAAAGAGGAAAAUGUGAUGCUGUUGGAGAGCAAAGCUCAGCUGGUUCAAGAGGCGGAGGGCUGGGGAGAGCGUCUGAGUGAGCUGGAGGAGGAGAUGAGGAUGUGUGAGAGCUCACACACUGGAAUGCUGGAGGACUGUGCAAACAAAGAUGAACGCAUCAAAUCUCUCACUGAGUGUCUGCUGAAGAUGAGGGACUGGGAUUCUGAACUGGAUGAGAAGAGCUGUACAGAGGGUAGCAAUGGCACAACUGAAACUGAGAAUGGAGACUCUUCAGAGUUCCAUCAGAAGCAGAAGGUCCAGAAACUCAUACAAGCAGCUAAGGUGAGUGCGGAUUUGAAAGCUCUGGAAGAGGACAAGAACCGAGUGAUUGCCAAACUUUCCGACGAGGUCAAAGCCAAAGAGGAUCUCCAAGAGGGGAUCGAGGAACUGCAGAAGAGUAAGGAGCAGCUGCAGUCAGACUGUGUCAUGUUCUCCAGCGAAUCAGAGAAGCUCCAGCAGAAAUUACAGAUCAUGAGCGAGAUGUACCGAGAGAACGAGCUCAAGCUACACAGGAUGCUGACGGUGGAAGAGAAAGAGCGUUUGCAGAAGGAGGAGAAGCUCCACAAAGCUGAUAAAAAGAUCAGUUUAGCAACAGAGGAGCUAAGCGCAUACAGAAAAAGAGCAGAAGAGCUGGAGGAGGAGCUAGAGAAGACCAAUCAGGCGUAUAAAAACCAGAUUGCAUCACAUGAGAAAAAGGCUCAUGAUAACUGGCUGGCAGCGCGGGCCGCGGACCGCGACCUGGCGGACAUUAAGAGAGAGAACUCUCAGCUCAGACAGAGGCUGACAGAAACUCAGUUUAAGUUAGAUGUUCUGGAAAAGGACCCAUAUGCACGGGAAGCACCCGGCCGGCCUCUGUUUAGAGGUGAAAGGUCACCAUAUGGACCCUCCCCUCUCAGUCGGCCAUCGUCAGAGACGCGGGCUUUCUUGUCUCCGCCCACACUGAUGGAUGGACCGCCUCUCCGACUCUCACCGCAGUUUCCUCUGGGACCUGGUGGCAGAGCAUCCAGAGGCACUAUGGAGCCCCCUGGUGUUGGGGCUGACUUUGAGCGGAGUGGUCCUCACUCUGAUAGCGGCUCACUGUCUCCCACCUGGGAUAGAGAGCGCAGGGGCCCUGUCCCCCCAGGUCUGCCCCCUCCAGACCCAGGCAUGGUUUACAGGCGACCCCCGCCAGGGCCAUUCCCCAUGGGGCCCCUACCCCCCAGACCUCCUGGUCCUCCAGAUGCCUACUUUGGAGACAAACCUGACUCGUCGUUUCUGGGAAACAGCUCAGGUGCCAGCGAGAAUGAGAGCAGAGAAAGUGGCCUUUCGAUGACAGGGGACAUGAGAAUUCCCCCAGAUGCAGAUAUGAGAAUGGGGCCUCCUCUUUCGGGCCCUCUCGGCAUGGGUCUGCCCCCACCCCUGGAGCCCAGAGACCCACAGUUCCAACGCAGGGGCCCCUACGGCCCUCCGGACUACUUUCCCCCACGUGGGCCAGGCCUUCCCCCAAUGGGCAUGCGAGGCCCACCCCCGCCAGGAAUGUAUCCCAGAAUGCCACCACCCCAACACAUGGGGUAUCCUCCAAUGAGACCCCCACCUGAGAGCCUGCCCCCCGGACCACCUCCCAGGCCCUCCCCACCUGGCAGCGAGCAGCCCCCGGAACAGCCCUCUGCCUCUCAUGACAUCAUCUGAACUGGCCUUCUCUCUUCUCUCUUUUUUUUUUUUCUCUCUCUCGCUCUCUUACACACACACACACUGUAUGUGACUUCCUGUUGUUUUUGUACUCAGGGGCUGUUUCCUGUGAAGUUUAACCUCAGCAGUCAUGUGAUUGUCACUUCCUUUUUAAACAAGUUUGCAUUCAAAAAAAAAAGGAAAAAAUCGCACUGUCUUAAAGCCCUAGAGGGAGAAAGCUUGAGGUUCAUGCCACAGGUUAGAGCAGAGAACUAUAGGAGAGGUUAGGCCUAUUGACGCUCUUUCAUGGCCUUUAACGCACAGCCUAAGAGUGUGUGAAUUUGAGUGUACGAUGUGAAUCUUUAGAGAGGAUCAUAUGGAAGAAAAGACCACAACAUACUGCCUGUAGUGUACAUUAGUGUACACAGGAAUAAGAGUACACUAAGCAUAGCAAAGACUAUAGUUUCACAUAUUUUUGUCAUGGUAAAUACUUCUUUUUUUUUUCUUUUUUUUUUUAAUUAACCUUAAAUAAUUGGUAGGAAUGGUCCAAACAUUUUUAAAUGUAUAUACAGAAAUUGUAACAAUAGUUUAUUGUGAAUAAGAUUUGUAUAUACACAAGCCCUAGCAUCAUCAUCAUUUAUGUUCUUUUGGCAAGUUUAAUUUAGAAAAUUAGAGAACCGUCCAUGCAAUCACUUAUUUAUGGCUCCUUCUGAUAACAGCAAAAAUUGCCUUAAAGACGGGAUCACUGAGAGGAGUUGGCUCAAUGUGAAAGAUAAUAAAGAUCUAUUUCAG